UGUUGUGGGCUACUCAUGACACUGUUCCUACUCUUUCCCCAGCUGGCUGGAGGAGUGAUCCUGGGCGUGGCCCUGUGGCUGCGCCAUGACCCACAGACCACCAGCCUGCUCUACUUGGAGCUAGGAAACAAGCCGGCACCCAAUACCUUCUAUGUGGGCAUCUACAUCCUCAUUGCUGUGGGGGCUGUGAUGAUGUUCGUCGGUUUUCUUGGCUGUUAUGGGGCCAUCCAGGAGUCCCAGUGUCUGCUUGGGACGUUCUUCACUUGCCUCGUGAUCCUCUUUGCCUGUGAGGUGGCUGCCGGCAUCUGGGGCUUCGUCAACAAGGACCAGAUUGCCAAGGAUGUGAAGCAGUUCUAUGACCAGGCUCUGCAACAGGCUGUGGUGGAUGAUGAAGCCAACAAUGCCAAGGCUGUGGUGAAGACUUUCCAUGAGACGCUCAACUGCUGUGGCUCCAACACACUGACUGCGCUGUCCACUUCGGUGUUGAAGAACAACCUGUGUCCCUCAGGCACCACCAUCAUAAAUACCUUAUGGAAGGAUGACUGCCACAAGAAGAUCGACGAACUCUUCUCCGGGAAGCUGUACCUCAUUGGCAUCGCAGCCAUAGUGGUUGCUGUCAUCAUGAUCUUUGAGAUGAUCCUGAGCAUGGUGCUGUGUUGUGGUAUCCGGAACAGCUCCGUGUACUGAGGCCCUGCAGUUCCAGCUGCUGGGAUCCCUGCAGUGCCCCCAGAGUGACCCCGAGGCUGCUGCAGGCAUUGCUGCCUGUGUAUAUAAUGUUUCCGGUAUUACUCUGCUACACUUAGCCUUUUUACCUUUGAGGUUUUGUUUUCAUUCUGAACUUUCCUAUUACUUUUUGGAGCUGGCGUCACUGGUAUGUGGCGUGUGUCGGGGUAGAGCUGGCCCAAGUUUUGGGGUGUCUCUGGGCCCUUUGUCAUCUCCCAGAGACCACUUGCCUGGAUGCUGGGCAUAGCCAAGCUGGGGGGCUAUGUCUGCCCACUCUUGGCCCAUUCUGUGGGCUGCAUGGCUCACCUUUUUAAUCCUUGUUCUUCUCCUGUCCCUAUUUUAAGAGCUGGGUCUGUGAGCACUCUUAUGCCUUCAAUGCACCUGUCCUUUCUAACAUGUCACCUUCAACUGUAAUUACAUCUUGAAACAGACAUUUAAUAAAGAAGGAAAAUCAGGCAUGCUAA